AUGAAUAUACCCAAGAGAAAGCGUAUGCGAUCCGACGCGACAAAACUAACUUUUACAGAUUAUGAAGAUAUUAUGCAAUAUCGUGAUAUGAAUCCUAAACCUUUAGAAAAUUUAAGGCGCAAAUAUCACGUGUCAAAUUCUCGCUUAUAUCAGAUUUGGAGAGGACAAGAAUCUUGUAGAGUUGAAUGGAACCAACCUAAAUCCAACUCAGCCUUUUUUUCGGAACCGUGUAUUAUUUCCUCGCCGUACGGCUCCGACACACAUUCCAACACGCAAACUACACUUCCUCCGAAGAAUCUAAAUAAAAAAGAUGUGAUACACCCCAAAUCUACUAAACUGCUGAUAAAAAAAGAGGCGACGUAUGACGCUUUACAGAGCGAAAAACACAAAUUUGGGGACCGUACGGCAGCAGAGCUUCGACUCUUUGUGCCGGCGCCCGAUAACUCGGCUAAAGAAAUAAAUCAUGAGGAAUUGAUGGCGUUAU